GCAUAGUAUCUAUCUAUCUCCUACCUCAUUCUUUCGAUCUUGGUCUAGCAAUCAUCUUGAUCAGUAUAAGAUCAUGGGAAACUUAUUCUGUUUGGUUCAAGUAGAUCAAUCCACGGUUGCUAUCAAGGAAACUUUUGGGAAGUUUGAUGAUGUACUCGAACCCGGUUGUCAUUGUGUCCCGUGGAUCUUUGGAAGUCAGCUUGCUGGGCAUCUCACACUAAGGAUUCAGCAGUUAGACGUCAAGUGCGAGACCAAAACAAAGGACAAUGUCUUUGUGAAUGUUGUGGCUUCAAUACAAUAUCGUGCUCUGGCCGAGAAGGCAAAUGAUGCAUUCUAUAAACUCAGCAACACUAGGUCCCAAAUCCAAGCCUAUGUUUUUGAUGUUAUACGAGCUAGUGUCCCAAAGCUUAAUCUGGAUGAUGUUUUUGAGCAAAAGAAUGAUAUUGCCAAGGCCGUUGAAGAAGAACUUGCAAAGGCAAUGUCUGCAUAUGGAUAUGAGAUUGUUCAAACAUUGAUUAUUGAUAUAGAACCAGAUGAGCGUGUGAAAAAAGCCAUGAAUGAGAUCAAUGCGGCUGCAAGGAUGAGGUUGGCCGCUACUGAGAAAGCUGAGGCCGAGAAAAUUCUCCAAAUCAAGAGAGCCGAGGGUGAGGCUGAAUCCAAGUACCUGUCGGGUUUGGGUAUCGCACGCCAACGACAAGCCAUCGUGGACGGUUUGAGAGACAGCGUGUUGGGGUUCUCAGUCAAUGUGCCUGGAACCACGGCUAAAGACGUGAUGGACAUGGUUCUAGUCACUCAAUAUUUCGAUACCAUGAAGGAAAUCGGUGCUGCUUCUAAAUCCUCUGCCGUCUUCAUCCCUCAUGGACCCGGUGCGGUUCGUGAUGUGGCUACGCAGAUACGUGAUGGACUUCUUCAGGGCAACUCCGCCAGCUGAUCGUUAACUUCGAUUCAGCAGAUACAUUUAAACUUUGGAGGGAAAUGCACUGAAAGAAUACAGUUUUCUGUUUCUUGUAAUUGUGUGUAUAUUAUUCUGAUUUUUAUAUUUGUGUAUUUUGUGUGUAUAUGCCAUGUUAGGUUUUACGAAUAUCAUGUUUAUAACAGAAACAGUCUAAGCAUUGUCUUGUUUACGUCUUACUCUCAGACCCAACAUCCGCAUGGAGUUGGUGGGUAGUCUCUCUGCUCCUGGCAAGUAGCAAUGUCUGCUUAUGUCUUGGGGUUGUUUUGUUGUUUUUUCAUUAAGUUCUAUAGGGAUAAAAUUGUCUUUGUGGA